AUGAAAUCCGCCAUUUGCGCUUUGUUCCUGACGUUCGCUGUAGCCAGCACCACGGCUUUUGGCGUAACAUGCCCCACCUGCCCGGACUCUCUGGACGCUGUCGUUGGCUUAGUCACCCAACUGCAACAAUCGUUGGCUCCGCUCUUGAGCAGCCUUCCCCUCAAUUUGGGACCCGUCAUUAACCAAGUGCUGGACUUGGUGAAGAACCUCUUGACCAAUUUAGGAAACGGUCUGACCGGCGACUUGCAGAACGUGUUGCAACAGGUCGGUACCGCCCUGCAGACACUUCUUGGUAGCGGAGCCGCCACCGGAACCGUCAGCGUCAACGUGCCCCAAACCACCCUUCCCGGAAUCACCAUCCCCGGAAUCACCCUUCCCGGAAUCACUGUAUAA